AUGGCUUAUACUAAAAUUAACGUUGACGAAGAAGAUAACUUCUACCAACAACAAAUCAAAGAUAUCGAAAAUUGGUGGAAAGAUGCAAGAUGGCAUAAAACUAAAAGAAUCUAUAAACCUGAAGAUAUUGCUAAAAAGAGAUCUUCAUUAAAAAUUGAUUAUCCAUCAUCAAACCAAGCUAAAAAAUUAUUCAAGUUAUUGGAACAACAUGAUAAAGAUAAGACUGUUUCUUUCACUUUUGGUGCUUUAGAUCCUGUUCAUGUUUCACAAAUGGCUAAAUACUUAGAUAGUAUUUAUGUUUCUGGAUGGCAAUGUUCUUCUACUGCUUCAACUUCAAAUGAACCAUCACCAGAUUUGGCUGAUUAUCCUUACGAUACUGUCCCAAAUAAAGUUGAACAUUUAUGGUUUGCUCAAUUAUUCCAUGAUAGAAAACAAAGAGAAGAAAGAUUAAAUAUGAGUAAAGCUGAAAGAGCUAAAACUCCAUACACUGACUUCUUGAGACCAAUUAUUGCUGAUGCUGAUACUGGUCAUGGUGGUAUUACCGCUAUCAUCAAAUUGACCAAAUUAUUUGUUGAAAGAGGUGCUGCUGGUAUUCAUAUUGAAGAUCAAGCCCCAGGUACUAAGAAAUGUGGUCAUAUGGCCGGUAAAGUCUUAGUUCCUGUUCAAGAACACAUCAAUAGAUUAGUCGCUAUUAGAGCCUCUGCCGAUAUUUUAGGUAGUGAUUUAUUAUGUGUCGCUAGAACUGAUUCUGAAGCUGCUACUUUAUUGACUUCAACUAUUGAUCACAGAGAUCAUUAUUUUGUUAGAGGUGCCACCAAUCCAGAUUCUCCAGAUUUAGCUUCUUUAAUGUCUGAAGCCGAAUCUCAAGGUGUUUAUGGUGAUGCUUUACAAGCUAUUGAAGAUGAAUGGACCAAGAAAGCUGGUUUGAAAUUAUUCCACGAAGCCGUUAUUGAUGCUAUUAAUGAAUCAUCAAUUUCAGAUAAGAAAGGAGCUAUUGCCAAAUUCACUUCAAAAGUUGGCCCAUUAACUGAAACUUCUCAUAAAGAAGCCAGAAAAUUAGCUAAAGAAAUCUUAGGUAAAGAUAUUUACUUCAACUGGGAUGUUUCAAGAUCAAGAGAAGGUUAUUACAGAUACCAAGGUGGUACCCAAUGUGCCGUUAUGAGAGGUAGAGCUUAUUCACCAUACUGUGAUUUAAUUUGGAUGGAAAGUGCCUUACCAGAUUUCAAUCAAGCUAAAGAAUUCGCUGAAGGUAUUAAAUCAAAAUAUCCAAAACAAUGGUUAGCUUAUAACUUAUCUCCAUCAUUCAACUGGAACCGUGCUAUGCCAGCUGAUGAACAAGAAACCUACAUCAAGAGAUUAGGUAAAUUGGGUUACGUCUGGCAAUUUAUCACUUUAGCUGGUCUCCAUACUACUGCAUUAGCUGUCGAUGACUUCAGUCACCAAUACAGUAAAAUCGGUAUGAAAGCUUAUGGAUCAUUAGUUCAACAACCAGAAAUUGAAAAGGGUGUUGAAGUUGUCAAACAUCAAAAAUGGUCUGGUGCCGAAUAUAUUGAUGGUUUGUUGAAAAUGGUUACUGGUGGUGUUUCUUCUACUGCUGCUAUGGGUAAAGGGGUUACCGAAGAUCAAUUCAAGGAUAAAGCUGCUGGAAAAAUUUAA